UAUCGGGCCACUCGGUCCGCAGGUUUAUGACGACGCGAUCCGGCCCUCCGAAAACAGUCGUGUUUACGCUUUGCCACAAUGAACACCUACGCCAUUGUUAUCCUCCUCUUCGCCACCUUCGUGGCCACUUCUUCGGCUGUCAGGAUCCAAAACUGUGGUGGAACGGCACAUGUAAAUCUAAACGACAUCCAGAUCACAGGCUGCAAGCCGAACAUCAGGAGAUGUAUCUUUAUCAGGGGACAGGAUGCCGAUAUGUCUCUACCUUUCACAACUGAUGUCCAGGUUACUGCUGUGACGGCGAAGGUGACUGGAAUUGUCUCUUUCAUUCCCAUUCCGUUCAAUUUGCCUAACAGCAAUGGCUGUGUCAACUCUGGUCUGCAGUGCCCUCUUGAACCUCAGCAACCCCAGACCUACUCUGCUUCCCUCCCAGUCCUGAAGAGCUACCCAUCGAUUCCAGUUGUAGUGCAGUGGGAACUGCUGGACCAGAACAACAACAAGUUGGUCUGCAUCAAAUUCCCAGUACAGCUGAAGUGAUAAGGCAACACAACAGCAUUAGUUUUAAAGGAACUGUACUCAAAAUUUUAUUACCAUUUUUUUUCUUUCAUUAUGUAAACAGCAUUAUUACAUGAGCCUUUUGUUUUGGGUGAUUUAAUAUGUUCACUUGUCCUACUAUAUAAUGUCAGGUUUUUCAAUCUUAUUUAUUAUGACUUCAUUGCUCUCUGAUGCAAAAUACACUUACAGAUAUUUUGCUUAUAGUACUAGUGAAACCAGUUUCCAGUGCAGUAUAUGCAUGUUGGUUGCUGUAUUACAGAUAAAUAUACACAAGCAUUUAUUUGAAAAGCAGAUACGUACAUAGUAGUGUGCAUACAUAUACUUACUGUUUUACCACAAGUAUUUAUGAGAGAAAAAAAACACAUUCUUGUAUAUAUACACAUGAUAAUCAUACCAUGGAACCACAAAUAUUUAUGGGAAAUGGUCUAGUACAAACCAUGAUAAUUGCCAUACAAGACAAUCAAGAGGAGUAUGCCCAUAAUUUACAUAAAGAUACCUUACCUAUUUGUCAUUUUAUUAGUCAAUACAGCAGUCAGAAUUAGGAGGUCUUGGUUGCAAUAAGUAGUUAAAUUUGUCAAAAUUUUCACUGUUAUAGAUUAUUUAAAUUUUGUGUAUUUAUGUUGUCAUAGACUAUUUAAAUUCAGUGCCUUUACAAAUGGUUACGUAUGAUAACUGGAGCUCAUAAUUGAGUGACUCUUAACAACUUGGGCACUGAUUCUGUGGAAUUGUUUUCAAGUACAUCAGGUGGCUGUAAGAUGUGUUGCUAACUGAAGUAAUACAUUUUGCUCAUAACAGAAAAAUUCCCCAUGCAUAGGAUUACAUCCCUUCAAACACCGCUUAGCUGAAAAGUUAAUGUCUUCCACAAAUUACACAUCUUUCAUUCCAUGGUGAAGCAUUUCUAAUAAAUACCGUCCUUGCACAAAAUCUUAAAAUUAAUUCCAUAACAACAAUCAUUUUUAUGCAUAUGACUGUAAAAUUUAUUUAUUAUACUAACUACUACAGUAUUAAGUUAAGCAUCAUAAACUCUGUAUCCCCUUGAAGACAAAGGACAUCACUUUAUUAGAUUUCAGUAGUAUUUGGUUCUUAUAUUUUCAGUCAAAUGUUAUGGAGAUUGUUUAAAAAUAAAUUUCAGCUGGACAUUAAGGAAGAAAGUACUCCAGAUGCUAGACAUUCUUCUUUGGCUUGCAUAUUUUCAAAUAUAUGUUGUACCUUUUUUUAAUUCAAUAUUGGUCUACACUCAUGUUCAUACAAUCUACAUACAAGCAAUGAGAAGCACACCAUGCAUAUCAUAAAAAAUUUUCAUUUGGCACAUGUGAAACAAAUACCUCUUCAUUGUUUCCAAGUUAUUUAAGGCUUAAACAAUUAUAAAGUAAUAAUAGAAAACUGUUUACCAAAAAGGGCAAUUACAAUAACUGCUUUAUGUUGUCUUAAGGGAAAAACAACUUUUAAAAAAAAUUAUAUUUAAGGAUUUGAAAUGUCAGAAUAGUAAAAUUUUCGUUUGUGCAUUUUUGUUAUCCCUUAAUUCUCUUUCUUAAGAAUAUUUAUGGAAAUAAAUGUUUGUAUUUU